AUGGAAAAACUGAGAGAUGGCUGUCCGUCCGAAGCUUUCGAAAAGGACGCAUUUGAGCUGACAGUCGAAGAUGUGUAUGACAUUUCGUACGUAAUUGGCAGAGACUUGCUGAAAAUCAGCAAGGGAGGACAACAGGUCUCAGAGUUACAGUUUAAGAUUGUUCGUGUUUUGGAGAUGUUUGAAGCUUUGGUCAACAAAUCCAACCUCUCGAUGGAGGAGCUGAAAAUGGAGCGAGACAAUUUGAAACGGGAACUUGACAGAGUUAUUGCUGAGGGUUCAAGUAACGAUGUGAUGGGGCCCAACAAGAUGGUGGUAGAUCUGACAGAUCCCAACAGACCACGGUUUACUAUGGAUGAGCUAAAGGAAGUUCUCCAGGAGAGGAACCAACUCAAAGCUCAGCUGCUAGUGGCUCAGGAAGAACUGCAGCUGUAUAAAAGUGGGUCUCUGCCUGCAUCAGACCAGACAAUGGUUGAAGUGGAUUUGGAGUCCCCGUCCACACUGGACGCCUCACCUCCAGUCUCCAUAGAGGAAACCAAAGAUGAGCCCAGAGAUGAGAAGACAACAAUAAAAAAACUGUUCACUUUCAGACGGAAAUAAACUGUCACCACCUCAAACUACAGACAACACUGACACAGUGAAUAGAAGCAGAGGUGGUAUGAAUUUUUGUGGAUCAGUAGAUGUCAGUCAUUUGGAUCAGUUUUUGUGUAAAAAAAAAAAAGAAAAAGUAUAUGAUCCUGUUGAGUUCCACAUAUCUGUGAAAGGAUUCCU